AUGCUAACUGACACUUUCAGCUUCUCUACAACCAACAUGUACAACAAGGAAUCAGCCCUGUUAAGGCGCAAAAAGGAUGUCAAGAAGGGAACAAAAUUUACUUUCAUGGUCUGUGGUGCAAUGGGGACCGGUAAAUCUACCUUUAUCAACAGUCUAGUUCAUCAACAUCUUGUGCCUAAAAGAUUCGAACAUAACGCGUCUGACUCGCUCCCCAAGACUCUUUCAUUUUUUAACAUAGAAGGGGCGGCUGUCGAUGCAUCCUCUGCCCGGGCUUCGUUUGAUCCCGAAUCUGUUCAUCUUGAACCUGGGAUUGCUAUCACCGAACAUAGCAUUGAAUUGGUGGAUGGUAGUGAUAGUUCGAAAUUGAUGCUGACCAUCCUAGACACUCCUGGAUUCGGUGACAAUUUCGACAAUGAAGUAUGUUUCCAGGAGAUCAGCAACUACGUUGAAAACCAGUUUGACAGUGUGCUGGCAGAGGAGACUCGAAUAAGAAGAAAUCCCAGAUUCGAAGACACAAGAAUUCAUGCCUGUCUUUAUUUCAUCACCCCUACAGGGCAUGGUUUGAGAGAAUUGGAUGUGGAAACAAUGAAACGUCUUUCUAAAUACUUGAAUGUCAUUCCAGUUAUUGGAAGAGCAGACUCUUUCACCCCUUCAGAGUUGAAACUUUUCAAGCAGAGAAUUGUUAGUGACAUUGCCAGGUACAACAUCCCCGUAUAUCAGUUUACCUAUGACGAGGAUGAAGAUGAUGAGGAAACAAUCAGGGAAAAUAAGUUUCUUGCGUCCAUUCAACCGUUCGCCAUAGUUGCUUCCGAAGAGGAUGUAGUUAUUGACGGAGUGACCACAAAAGGAAGGAAGUACCCAUGGGGUUCGGUAGAUAUUUACAAUCCAGCGGUGUCAGACUUUGCUCUUUUGAAAUCUGUUCUUCUGGGCUCACAUUUACAGGACUUGAAAGAUUUGACCCACGAUUUCCUUUAUGAGAUGUACAGAACUGAGAGACUUACAUCUGUCACAAGCGAAAGCUCGGGCAUCUCCUCAACCAGAGCGAGAGAACCCCCAUCGUUGUCAAAUCUAGCUGCUAUAACGGCAUCUCAAUCGAUAACGCCUAACAAUGAAAAUGACAAGAUAAUGCACGAAUCGUUAAAGAGUAAUGAGAGCGUUGGUCAACCAGUUGAUUCCGUUUCUGAUAAAUCAGCCUCUACAGUAGCCACGCCUACAUCAAAACAAUCAUCAGUGUUUAGGAAAUCCGUAUCUCCUUCUAAAUACGAUGGUGCUUCCAUUGCAUCAUCUCCAACUAUUCCUCAACAGCAACGGUCACAGUUGCGUAUUUUAUCAGAAACAGUACCCUACGUGCUCAAACAUGAGCGAUUAGCCAGUCGUCAACAGAAGUUACAGGAACUAGAGAACAGAUCUGCCAAAGAACUGUCGCUCAGAGCUGCGGCAUUGGAAAAGAAAGCAACUGAGUUAAAGCUUAGAGAAAAGUUGCUUCUCAAGCAGUUAGAACAGGAAAAACAACUAAACGACACUGCUUCGGAAGUUGAUUCCGUUCACAUCAAAAAGGAAGAGACAUUGACGAAUCUCCACUCUAUUGUCAGCAAUAGCUCUCAAGAUGGACAAAAGUAG